AUGCAGAUUAUCAUGACGGAGAAGGAAAAAACCAAACUGGCCUCAACCGAGAAGCGAAAAGCGGACGAAAGCGAGCCGGUCAAGGACUUGAAAAAGGCUAAACUGGAAACUAAAGCGUUGAAGGCUAAGCGGCCCGGUUUCACGGACGAACGAUACCAUGAGACGUCGUACUAUAUUGAAAAUGGCCUGCGGAAAGUUUAUCCUUACUACUUUACCUUCACCACGUUCACAAAGGGUCGUUGGGUUGGCGAAAAGAUUUUGGACGUAUUUGCCCGAGAGUUUCGCGCCCACCCUGCCGAGGAAUACGAACGGUGCAUCAAGGCAGGUACCCUGACCGUAAACUACGAAAAAGUGCCAACAGACUAUAGGUUAAAGCAUAACGACCUCCUAGCGAACAUCGUUCACAGACAUGAAGUUCCAGUAACUAGUCAACCAAUCACAAUAGUGCACAUGGACGACGAUAUUGUGGUUGUGAACAAACCAGCAUCUAUUCCAGUUCAUCCCUGUGGACGUUACCGCCACAACACGGUAGUGUUCAUCCUGGCGAAGGAGUAUAAUCUAAAAAAUCUGCGCACCAUCCACCGGCUGGAUCGGCUCACGUCGGGGCUGCUGCUGUUCGGCCGAAGCCCCAAGAAGGCCCGCCAAAUGGAGCACCAGAUCCGGAACCGACAGGUGCAGAAAGAGUACAUCUGUCGGGUGGAAGGCGAGUUCCCAGAUGGCAUCAUCGAGUGCAAGGAGCCGAUCGAGGUCGUCAGCUACAAGAUUGGCGUUUGCAAGGUUUCACCCAAGGGAAAGGAAUGUACGACCAUAUUCCAGAAGCUCGGUUUCAACGGAAGCAGCAGCGUCGUGCAGUGCAAACCACGCACCGGCCGUAUGCACCAGAUUCGGGUGCAUCUGCAGUACCUCGGCUAUCCGGUCGUCAACGAUCCGCUGUACAACCACGAGGUGUUCGGUCCGGCCAAGGGCCGCGGCGGUGACAUCGGCGGCAAGAGCGACGAGCAGCUGGUGAAGGACCUGAUCAAUAUUCACAAUGCAGAAAAUUGGCUCGGCAUCGACGGUGACUCGGAUUUGUCAAUGUUUAAACCGAUGAAAAACGAUCUGGAUGACGUGAAAGGGCAAAUCCUGUCCGAUGACGACUCGGAGAGCGUGUCCCGCGAGGCGUCGCCCUGUUCGGAAAGCCCUCGGCCGGUGUCGCUGGGCAGCGAAAGCCCCCACGAGAAUAUGUGCGCCUCGUUGCUCAUGGCGAAUGCAAUGGCCGCGGUCGCUGGCACCACCGUCGGGAGUGGCACGAACACCGGCAGCACCGGACCCGUUGGCACUGUUGUCGUCGGUACCGCCAGCACCACCACCAACACCAUCGUCGGUGGCCGAAUGCAGUCGCAGAAGCGCACAACGACUGCUGCUGCUUGGGAGUGCCCGAAAGGUGCUAGCUCUUCGCCCACCACAGCCGUCGCCGCCAACACAGCCGACUCAGCCACGCAGGUCGACGAAGCGGCAGUCGUUGCGUUUCAAGAGUGCAACAAAUUUGCGACAGAGCAAGCAUCUGCUGCCGCUGUUACUGCUGCUGCUAUGGCCGCUUCCGGUGCUAACGUGACGGUAGCGACUAAUUCCUCUGGCUUUCAAACAUCCGUUACCGUGGCCACGCAGACGGGACACGAAUCGCCCGACUUGGCAUUUAAUCCGGACAAAAUGACAAGCGACAAGCACUGCUACGAGUGCAAGGUGCGCUACCGGGAUCCGAAGCCGCAGGAUUUGGUCAUGUAUCUGCAUGCCUGGAAGUACAAGGGCCCGGGCUGGGGUUACGAAACUGAGCUGCCCGACUGGGCUCGAGUAGAUUGGCACGAGACGGACUUUGAGUAAGCAUUUUAUCGAUAAGCAUUCAACCAAAUGUCGGCACCCUUCGGGC